AUGGCUCGACUCGGCGUAGCAAAGGUUAAGACUGGCUGUAUUACUUGCAAGUGCGCGAGCACGGGGCGGAGAUGCGACGGCUAUGUGACACCGCCAACGGGGACAUACUCGUGGGCGCAGCUGCUCCGAGUCCAUCCGCCUCCGACUCAGGCCGCCUCCGACGCGGAGCUCCGUGCCUUGAGUUUCUUCCGCAAGGUCGUCGCCCCCGUCCUAUCCGGCCCCCUCGACAGCUACUUCUGGACCCAUCUCGUCUCCCAGGUCUCAUACCAGGAGCUCGCCGCGAGACAUGCCGCAUUGGCCAUCAGUUCGCUGUACGAGAAGGUCGAGGAAGACCGACACGGAGAAAAGAACCCCUUUGCGGUUGCGCAUUAUAACGAAGCGAUCAAACACCUCAGAACAACCAACAAUCAGGAAACCGUCCUGUUCGUGUGCAUACUCUUUGUCUGCAUCGACAUGCUCCGCGGCGAGGGCAAAGGUGCUGUCGAACACUGCAGACAUGGCGUCAACAUCCUCAAUGGGUCCAAGUCUAGCUCGCGAUUCCUUCGAGACCACUUGGAGCCGGCUUUCUGUCGCCUGGGGGUAUUCCCCUUCUUCUUCGGCGCCCGACCGGAUACGUUCCCGUCCGUACCGGAUUUAUGUUCAUAUCCAGUUCCUCCGCUCUACAAUAUUGAGCAGGUUCAAGGAGUAUUGGACCCGUUGCUCGUACGGGCGAUUCGUUUUGCUCGGGCUGCUGACGGAUAUCGACUCGGCGACGAGACAUAUCCCGAGCCGGGUCCAACGUUAUUGCAACAGAAAGAUGACAUGGACAAGAUGCUAGAUGACUGGGCUGCAGAAUUUCAAGCCUACUUGGUGCAAAAGUCCCCAAGAAGUUGCAAACGUGCUGCUAUGCGAGAAGAGCUCAUGGAACGCUUGCUCGAGAUGAAAUAUCUCGUGGGCAAGAUAUGGCUCAGCACGUGCAUGUCCCGCAGAGAAGAAAGUCACGAUUUACACCUGGACAAGUUUCAACGAAUUAUCGAACUCGGACGUGAAGUUGAAUCCACAUCCCGAGAUAGAGGGCAGAGGAUCGACAGGGCCAAAUUCACUUUCGAGAUGGGAUUUAGCCCUCUUCUGGGGUUCGUCUUCAUCAAAUGUCGGUCCUUGACCCUGCGAAUCGCGGCGUUGGGGCUCAUGAAGACAAUUGCGAACGAGAAGGAGAAUCUGUGGGAUUCCAACACCGUCCUGGCCUGUGGGCGCAAGGUUGUCGAGUUCGAGCAUGAGCUCGAUCUUGGCCCGGACGAAUGCAUUGCUGAUGUCUUUGACGACGGAACAAUGCCUCCAGAAGGGCGGCGCAUCAAAGAUCUGGCCAUGCAAAACGAGGUACGCAUCGUUUCCGGGAAGGAUGGUGCCGUCACCAUGUGGAGGAAGGUCGCUUUCUUGAUGAGAGAGCAUGACGGGCCCAUCACAGUCACAAAAGAGUGGUUUCGAGUUCACUUUAAGCGCAAGUCAUGA